CCUUGAGGAUCUACAGUCAAAAGAUCUUCCACAACACAACCACUGUUGUAAUUGCUCAAACUCAGGAUCUUCAAGACUACACAAAAACGAUGAGUGCAUCCAAACUUCAGGAAAGUGGUGAGGUGAGAAUCGCAAACUCUCUACACACGAACGAGAAGGAGUUUGUAGCCAGAAGGAGAGAAAGUGUUUUUCAAAGCCUGCAGAAACUCAAAAUACACUGCAGUCAGGAUGACGUGCCGAACAUUGCAUUACUGGGUUCUGGAGGAGGACAAAGAGCCAUGGUGGGUUUGCUGGGAUCCCUGAUUGAGCUCGAUAAAGUGGGUCUUCUGGACUGCAUCCUUUAUCUGAGCGGAGUCUCUGGAUCCACCUGGUGCAUGGCCUCCUUAUACAAAGAACCAGACUGGUCCACCAAACUAGACACCGUGAAAGACAAAAUCAUCAAGAGACUCAGCGGUCCUAAAGUUAGCCAGGGAGAUGCAUUUGAAAAACUGAAGAAAUAUCACAUGAAAGACAACUUCACCUUGACUGACGUCUGGGCAGCGAUGGUCAUCACAGAAAAUGUGAAAGAGAUUGAUGAACUCCCGCUCACAGAUCAUUGGGACCCUCUCAGUAAAGACCCGUUUCCCAUCUACACAGCGAUCGACAAUCAAUGCAAGCAGGAGGAGGGUGGAGACCCCUGGUUUGAGAUCAGUCCACAAGAAGCAGGUUAUUCGCUCACUGGAGCAUUUGUAGAAACAUCCAGCUUCGGCAGCCAGUUUGACAAAGGCUCAAAGAAAAAACCUCAGCCUGAAAUGGACAUGCUGUACCUGCAAGCUCUGUGUGGCAGCGCUUUAGCUGAGAAAGACACGAUCCGUAAAUUCCUCUGGGAAAAAAUAAAAGAUUUUUUGCAACAUGUAACAUCUACAGUAGAAAGGGAUAUGUCUGAGGAAAUGAAGACAGAUCCAAAAAACACACUUGUUUACAAGUGUUACCAGGUGCUUAUGGGUCUUGUGGACAUGAAUCUCUCGGUUUUAAAUGGCAAAGAUUCUUUUGAUCUUGAUCAAUCAAUCAUUGACACACUGAAAGAGCUCGGUGGAGAAAAAAGUCACCUGACUUUUCUAGGGCAAAAAAACAAUUUUGAUGAAAAACAAGCUGCAAUAUUGCAUGUCAAGGAAUUCACUGAGCAAAUAUGCAAAGAUUUGAACUGGUUCCACUCGGAGACUCUCGAUCUUUCCAAGAGAAUUUUGACAUGCAUGCAUCACUGGAUCUGGGGCAGGAAUUAUAACUUCCUCCACAAAAUAACAGAUCAAUCUGUGCCUUCGGCUCUUCUAAAAAGUGAGACGAGAGACUAUGAAGAUGCAGGACUGUUGCUGAACUCACCCUACUUCUCAGUGCUGAGAGAAGAAAGACAAGUUGAUCUCAUCAUUUCCCUGGAUUUCAGUGAAGGCGAUCCUUUCAUGUCAGUGACUGACACUCACAAAUUGUGUGAGGAACUAAACAUCCCUUUCCCUGAAGUCAACAUUCCUAGUGAAGACCUGAAGAAACCGAAGGACUUCUAUGUGUUCAAAGGCAAAAACGCUCCAACCGUGAUUCACAUCCCUCUAUUAAAUGUGGUCAACUGUGGAGAUAAACUUGAGACCUACAGGGACAAAUAUAGGACUUUUCAACUUCCUUACACCCAUGACAACAUCACUGAACUUAUGGAGCUGGCUGGACAAAACAUCUUAAACAACAAGGAGAAACUGAAGAAGCAGAUUGGUGAUGCUGUUCAGAAAAAAACAAAAGAGUGAUGACAAUCUUAAUAUCCUUCAUGCUUGACGUUCAUUCAGCAAAUAGAUAAGCAUUAAUAAUUAAAUCAGCCAUAACACAGAUGUGAUUACAAUUAUGAUUGCUAAUUAAAAUGUUGUAUUACUCUAAGUCUGUUCCAGUGAAUUAAUA